CGGGCGCUCGCCACUUCACACUAGAAGACCCAGAGCGCGCGUUCCGCAACGACAGACACUCUGUGGCCACUACGGCACGCCACGGAACCAGUGUGUUGUGUCAGUUCUAUUUAUUAUUUCGGUUAUUGCAGACACGCGGGCGGUUCGCUCCCUGCAGGCUCCCUCGCGCGCGCUCCAAGAGUCCAGUCAGUUCAGUCAGUGUGUGUUGCAUAGCAAAAGGGGCAACCUUCCCCUGAAGGUAUACUGCGCGUCCUCCUGGAACGUCAGGAACCCCGCGAUAACCGGAAGUGUCCCCGUCACGCCGUCGUCUUCGCGGUCGCGGACAAGUGUGUGAGUGUGCGACCUCAUCCUCCGAGAGUACAUCACCAGACGGAAGUUGCGGCUUUUUUGGGUUUGUUUUGGAGCACAUACACACACGCACACAGCCCCGUCGUCACCCAGUCUACACACUCACGUUCAACCCCGAUAUAUAUUGCGCCCUGUUUGUUGUGUUUGUCAUCGUGGAUUUUUAUUUUCUUCCUUUGGUGCCGAAUUGCAGCAGAUUCAGUUUUCUUUCCGUGUAAUUGGAGCACAAGUGGAGGCACGAAGAAAAAUGCGUUUUGGAUUUUUCAGCGAAAAUACCACCAUCAUUCGGGACUAGGGAGAAGCAAGUUUGAUCGUUAGAGUCGGGUGCGGAAGAAGAAAAAGUCGUUACGUUGGGCUUUUUUCCUCCUUUGUUUUCGUCCUGGCCCCGUGUGGUCGAUUCCACGUCGCAGCGGCAGUGUAUGUGUGUGCUGGCCCCGUUUAGUUGCCGUUUCGCAGACCCCCGUCGUAAGGAAGAAUCUUCCGAAAUCGAUAGAGAAAGCCGUGAGUCGUGAGGCAAAAUAGUGGCCAACCCAAGGAGCAGAAGAGGGUCACCAGUGCCGACGGCCGUGGAAAGAAAUUUUCGGUGGUUUUAGUACCCAUUUGGUACACAAGCCUAAGGCCAAGGAUUGCCCCUGGAUGGACGACAAUGCAUUGGAAACGUUCAUUGAGAUCCCUAGAAUAAACCUCGGUUAAAGAACUUACGACUGCACGGAAGAAAUCAUCGCAAGACUGAGUGGAAUCAAGCUGCGUCAAAAUAAAAUCACCACCCCCAAAUUGAGCCCCCCCCGCCGUGUCCGCUGGGUCAUUCCAGACCAGUGUUGUCAGCCAGCCAGCCAGCAAGCCAGCAAGCAAGAGUAGCAAGUGUGUGUGUGUGAACCUGAAACCCUCCUAGGCGCUAUGGAUGAGGAACUGGAGAGGAAGCUAUGAGUAGAAGAGGGCCGUUGAGGCCCCACCCAGCAGCAGCAGCAACAACGACGACGGACGGACGCCACGACGGAGGAUUGUCGCCGCUAGAGAGCAGUUGUAGCAGCAGCAGAAGCAGUAGAAGAAGAAGUGGCCGCAAGAUGGCAACAAUAGCAGCAGCAGAAGCAUCAGGAUUAAUCAGUGGUUUGAUUUCGCGUCGUAAUAGCAUGGGAAUGGGGAACGCCGGGAGGACCGGGGGGCCAAGAAGGGGCAGCAGCUCCAGGAGUGGUCGCGCCGGGUUCUUCGGGUUCAAGUUCAUGGGAGGUGGAGGAGGAGGAGGAGGAGCAGGUGAAAGUAUCGGGCUUCUGCUGUUGGCUGGCCUGCUGCUGGUUCUGGUCGCCGGUGGAGACGUCGUGUGGGCUGAUGAGCAGCACGGGGAGACGACGGAACCGACGACACCGGAGCCAUUUGGAUAUUUUGAUUAUGAUUUUAACCCGUCCAAGCGGGGCCCGCUCAAGUUUGGUGACAGGUGCGAGAGCACCACUGAGUGUGGCUUCGCCGGAUCCGUCUGCGAUGCGACCCUGCGCACAUGUCAGUGUACUUCCGACCUGCCGGCGACGAACCACAUCGACAAGUGCGGGAAAAUGGCUCAGGUGAACGGCAGCUGCUUCUUCACCGAGCAAUGCGAACAGAUGACCGAGCAGACCGAGUGCCGGGACGGACGCUGCAUCUGCCGGUUCGAGAUGAACCCCAUCUUCAAGCCGGACGGAACCGUCGAGUGCCGAGGUACCGUGAACCGACCCAUCGUGACGGAACGGUAUGUCGACCCGACCAUGAUCGGCGUGCUGGUGGCCAUGGCCGUCAUGUUCAUCAUCAUCUGCGUCGUCCUGCGGCUGUUCAGCAAGGCCCGCUGGCGCGAUAACCGGACCAUCUUCAACACGCCGAACCCGCGCCUGAUGAACGUGUCGCUGCUGCGCGACAACAAGCUGCUCCACGGCCAGGAACGUCGCGGCUCGCGGAUGUCCGUUCGGCUACCGUCCCGCCAACCGAGCAUGGCCUCGCUGCGUCCCCACUCGCCGAACGCGUCGAUAGGUAAGCUAGGUUCCCGGCGUGGCUCGCGCGGCAGCAGCAACGCAUCGGCGACCUCGACCCGCUCGAACCGCAGCCAGCACGCCAAGGACAACGGAACGGCCGCCCACUCGACGGCGACCAACUCGCACCAGAACGAGAGCGUCACCGUGGAGAUUGCGGAAAUUCGCUCGUAAGCGCUGAUGAUGAUGACUUUUGAAAGGAACCAUGACUCGGAACGAUAUCAACUGCAGUACUAGAACGGAGACGUUAAAACAUUCAGUCGCUAGGGACCACUUUAGAACGACGUCGAUCGACCGAAGUCGGACGGCGGAAACGAGUUUCAGAACAUUCAAUUAACAGUAAAACUUAAAGGGAAGUAGAACACGAAACCCAUUAAUGGAAAUUAAAUACUAGAAAUGCCACUUACUCUGAAGUACAGAAGUGAUCUUUUAUGAAAGUGAGAACCGCUAAUCCUUACACAGUUGCUUAACUCUCUAAUAAGAAAAAAAAAACAAGAAACAAAACUAAAUUACAAACAACGUGAGAGGAGGUCUUUUCGCACCAGCAAAACCUAAAAAAAAAACAUGAAACUCGAGAGGAACAACGCAGCAAAUAUGAAAAAUCGAAUUUUAGAGUCUUAUAGCUAUUUCUAGAAGGAAAAAAAAAACCUUUCAGUAGCAUCUUCCAACCAGAAUAAAAACCGCAGCAACCCAUUUUCCACCACCCCCCUUCUGGUGGAAAUUUUAAAAUGGACUAAUAAACACAAAGUGGUACUAGAAUAAAGUCGCAGUAGGCGCGGCGCGUAUCGUCAUUAAAUGCGAAGAAUCAUCGUCAUAUCCGUAGUUGCGAAGAGGAGAAAAGUGAAAUUUUAACCUAGCGCUCCCCCCGUUGGAGGUAGUAGAACCUGUCAAUGCAAUCCGGAAUGGGUUGCGAAAAUCUUUUAUUUUGAAAAUUUAUUUUGUUUCUCACUUGUCAACUUUUAAAAGAGCAUAAUCCAAAGAUUACAUUUACGAGUUAGCGGUCAUAAUCCAGAAAAAAGCAAGCCUAGCAGUUAUAUUUCGAUAGUAAUCCGUAGCGAGGGCACAGCUCUAGUACUUCUCUCUAGCAAAUCCCGAGUAGACGGCGUUUCCACUCGCUGGAACAUAACUUGUUAAAAAAAAUAAAACUCAGUAGUUGCGGCAAACACAUGGUUUUUGGUUUUAAACAAGUUCUUUUCUAAACAUUUUAAGGGAAUUUAGUUUUCCACUAGCGGUAGCGUACGAGCGGUGCAGCUUCUAGAGAGCACACAUUUAGCGGAGAUGAUUGAAAAAAAAACACGCGCAAAACAGAAAUGACAAUCUAAUAAUUUAUGAAAGAAAGCAAAAUCAAAAGAACGAGUGAGGAAACGUAUAACCACGGGGCGGAAUGCCACACGAAUUCAGACACAUUCAGGUAGAUUUUGAAGUAGUGCGGUAGCCUCUUUGAAUUCUACGAAAAUAACCAGAUCAAAAUAAUUAAAUAACACAAACAAAAACAGAAGUCAGAUGACGGCGACGCCGUCGAUCGAGCCCAACCAGUGGGAUGACAGCAAGGAUUAUUAAGGAAUGGCACCACGAUUUUACUUCUAUUUAUAUAGCGAUUAGUGAAGAACGGCGAGAAGCUAGCGCGUAAUGAAAACAUGAUGUGUAAAAAAUGCAUUGAAAUAACACUAACUAGACCAUAAACAAUAUGACUGCUUUACACAUAGUGUCUGAAAAAAGAGAAAAAAUCCAAAGACGACGUCAAAAACAGGCAGAAAGUGCAAAAUCGCUAUAAUUCAAUAAUAUCUCUUAAAGAACUACUUUUGAUAAUGUUACCCAAAAAAAACAUACUUUCUAAUGAAAAGUCUUCAGUUUACGGCUGAUUUUAACACGGCUUUUGUUAGAAUUUACUUAAUAUAAAAAAAAAGAGAAAAUACCAAGAAAAAAAAACAACUCUAUCUACAAUGGAGAGCGCAUGUGAUAUUACAAACGAAGCAAAAAAAAAAUCUAAUAACUCUAGCCUGAAUAGCCAAGACUAGCAAAUUUCAUCUUCUCACCAAAUUUUGUUCUUUUUCAACUGUAACAGCAGACACGUGUCGUCAACUUGCAGAAACGGAGCGCCAUCCCACGGAAUGUUUCUCUCAAAAUAGGGGAAGAUUUUUGGAGAAAUAUUUCGCCCUUUGAAGCUUCAAGCGAAGGACGCACACACUCGCUGGAACACAGUUUGUUAAUUUUUCCGCACAUGAUGAUAUUCACAUAAAAGAACACAACAUUUAAAAAAGGUAGUAAUAUAAUAAAAACUUAAACGAAAGCCAAUAUUUGAGCGCAUAUUUUUAGAAUCCCCCAUACCCUGCUUCUGUUUGUGCUAUAAGUUAAGGUCCGUUUAUCCCAUAGUGUGAAUUUUGUCAUCUUGUUUAGUAAGUAAACGACCAAACAAACCAAGAACAUAAAUGCUUUAAUUGAUGGUACGUAGUUUAGCUGAAAAAAAAGAACGAACUAAAACCUAAUGACAAAUAGUAAGCUUUCCUAGAACUUAAACCAAAACCAGAGAUUAAAUGAUGAAAAAAAACAGUGUAGUCUUAAGAGAACAAAGUUUGAUUUACGCUGCACGAUGCUGCAAACGCACCAGAAACCAUUUGCGUUCCAUAGAACAUGACUUUAACCAAACAAAUUUCAAACAGAAUAUACCUUUUUCGUAACGACAUUUGAAUGUUUGCAAAAGAGCACUCCCUUUUUAAUCGUACCAACCAGACGGAAAAGAAGAAGAAGAAUAAAAUGUAACUCUUUAAAAUAAUUUCUAUUUUGACACACUCACAAAUGUGUUAUGAAUGCAAAGAAUUAUAAACAUCCACUAAAGUAUAGUAAAUAGUUGAUAAGAGAGAUAAAAUACACAAAAUAGAAGAUGAAAAAUACACACAAAUAAAAUACUUAGAGAAACGAACAGAAUAGCUUGAGAUAUUAAAACAAAGCAAAAACAAACACACUUGAAAAUCACAAAGACAACUAGAACGAUUUCAUCGAGUUUAAAACGUUAGAAUUUUGAAAUUUGGGGAAGAAUUUCAAAGUUAUUACGUUUUGCUCCAACUCAAAAUGAAAGCGAACAACUUAGAGUUUUGGCGUAGAACGUAACGAUAGGGCGUACUUUAAAUUAGUAGAUGUUUUUUCCAAUAACUUUAACCACUUUCACACACAAACAUUUACAUUAAAUCCAUUCGCUCAUAUUGAUAAAUAGCGCACACUUGCAUAUAGGCCCGAGCAUCCUUCACCGCGAAUACACCCAAAGAAUUAGCAAACAACAAACAAAAUAAAUCUAGAAAACAUUGAAAAGUAAAAUAAAAUAAUAAAACUGAUAGUGAAAGUUGUGACGUUAGAGUAGAGUAAAAUGACACGAAAAAAAUAAGGAGAAAGAAUGCAAACACGUGAGAUGCGCCGUUAUUUACUAACAAAACUCUAAAAAAAACGCUAUCAAAAACUAUUUUCUACAAACUAUUAAAGAACGCAAACCAAAAAAAAGUGAAUUUAAAAUCUUGAGACUAUUCUUGUUCUAUCCUCUAUUUACUAAGAAGACAUUGGAAACGCAUGAGACGAAAAAGAAAUGCUUCACGCUCUCUCUACUCUAUUGAAGUUUAUUUUCUACGAAAAAAAGGCAAAAUAACGUGGAAAAUGAAGAGAAAAAAAAUCAUCACGUAAACACCCACACUCACACCGAGAGCCGCAAGCGUAGAGAAGAGAAAAGAGGAAAAAAAAAGCAAAGUUAAGCUAACCAUAAAAAGGUACUACUUCAAUUAUAUAUUGUAGAGGGAACGAUUAAAGCUAGUAUGAA